GGACCCGAGCAGACGCUAAACAACCACCAAGCGAGCAGCAUUGCUGUCAGCACAGUCUCGCCCGUCCGUGCAGUGUCAGUGUCCCUACAACACGAGUAAAAAGUGCACAGCUAUAUAAAAGUUCUUACAUACUGAUACAUACAUACAUAUGUACAUACAUAAGUAUGUAAACUGCCGUAGCCCCAAAAAGUGUGCUAUAAAUGUUUUAGUGCGAUUAGCCGACGUGCUAGACGUGGAAGUGUGCAUUGUGAAUAAAAUAAAAAAAAAGUACGUGCGAUGUAUUAAGUAUCCGUACAAGUGCGUGUAGCAAAAACAAUUGCAUUACGUUUUAAUUGCAUAUUGUUUUUGCGACGACAUGUUAAAUGUGUAAAUAAAUUAAAUUCAAAAGUUGUGAAAAUUUUGUGAAAUUAUUGCGAAUCUUAACAAUCAUAACCGAAGUGUUUAGGUACCAAGCCGCAAAUUUAAACUGAAUUAACGUCUUUGCUGUAGUUGGAUAAAUGGGCCAAGCAAAAAGACGCAAGCAACACGAUAAAAUUCGUGUAAUAAAUCUCUAAGUUGCAUGAAAUUAAAACCGAAAAAGAACAAGAAUAUAAAAAAAUAGUGCAUGCAACGCAUUUUUGGGUCAUAUGUGCGCUCUGGUGGUGCGGGAGGCAGUGCCAAAAGUAAUAAUAAUAACGAUGAUGAUGAUGACGAUGAUAAUGACGAUGAUGAUGAUGAUGAUGAUGAGCGCAACACGAACAAUUUUGCCGUGAGAGCAAAUUAUAUAAAAUUAUCAUGCAGCGCAGGCAGCGGCCAAGUUGGCCACUCAACGGCAACAACAACAGCAACAACAACAACAACAGCAACAACAACAAGAACAACAAGAAUAACAGUUACCAGAAGGAGGCUAAACUUGAACUGCAACAGAGGCGCUGCGUGCGGACUGCAUGACGUAUACGUAAUAUACGUAUUACGUAUACGUAAUAUGCGCUAGCUGCGGCCAUUUGCCAAGCAAACAAAAGCGAGCAAACAACUCAACUCAACUCAAGUCAAGUCAAGUCAGCGACAUUUGCGACAAGAAGAAAACAAAUAGAGCACACACAUUGAGUACGGGACAUCAUACCCUUUACCAUUUGUAAAUGACAAAAGUUUUGAAAUACUUGGAAAAGUGUUGAGGCAGGUGCCACAAGAUGACAGAAUGGCGAAGUUAACAUUGCACCGUCUACUGCAGCGUUUGCAACUGACGGCGCUGCAGCUGGCCACUGACACGCCCACAUCAAUGCGACAGCAGCAACUCAAUGAUAACAACAACAACAACAACAACAACAACAACGACGACAAAAACAACAACAACACAAACCACAACGACAACAACAACAACAACAACAAUAGAACGCGCAUGGCUCUGUUAGGCUGGCUGCAAUUGUGGCAUGGCAAUGGACACUACCUGACGCUGGCCGUGCUCAUCUAUGGUUACCUAAUGCUGCACGCCUCUGCCGCCGCCUCUGCCAGCUCGACGACAACUAGCACAACAGCGACCAUGCUGGCCGUGUCGAAUCUCACAACAAGCACAUUAGGUUUAAGCCAAGUCGAAAACGCACAGAAACCAAAACGCGAUGUUGCCCAUGUGCCUGACGAUGACUACGAUGCCAGUUAUCCAGAUGAUAUUGACGACCUUGAGGCCUUGAUUAACAAUAAGUCAGCUAAAGGUAAAUACAUUGGAGCGCCAUGCAACGAGCUGAAAUGUGAUGCCAAGCUGUUGCAUGUUACCUGCGAUAAGGAGACGCAGCUGUGCAACUGCGAAAGGAACUAUCCCGUGCAGCUGGGACUGAUAAAGGGUUGCGCGAAACCCAAGAAACUGGGCGAUCAGUGUUUCUACGACGAGACCUGCAUCUACAACGACGAGAACUCCCUCUGUGUUCAGGUGCGACACAAUGCGAUGUGUCAGUGCGCCAGCGGCUACCACUCGGUCAGCUACACGAAGCCAACACGGCGUGUCUUCUGUACACCAGAUCUCAGCGAGCUCGGCUCGGAUUUGCCCACUUUGCUGGGCGUUUCCACGGGCAUUGCGGUGCUGGCGGGUCUCAUCUGCAUGGUGCUGCAUCUGUUCAGCAAGACGAAAUAUCCGAGGCAUCGCAAUUUUGCGGAUGCCAACAUACCGCCGCCCAUACUCUACUCGAGCGAUACAGGCAUACCGUUGACCGUGCACUCGGCACGUCCAUCGUCGCGCUCCAGCAUACGUUCGACGGGCUCGAUAGGCUCCUUUGGGAAUCGUCGCGCCUCGUCCGGCGGAUUGGCUGGCGCCAGUGGCGGCGGCGUCGGCAACAGCAGCGGUGGCGGCGGCGGCGGCGGCGGUGGCGGCGGCGGCGGCGGCGCUGGAAGCGGCUCGAAAGGCAUACUUGUGUCGACGUCCCGUACAGGUGCGGCUAGAUCGGCCGCCAUAUUGCUUAUAUCGUGUCACAUAACGGCCGUGUCCAAACAAAAUUCACGCGCCUCAUCGCGUCACACAUCUGGCGCCGGCUGCAGCCAGCAUUCGCGCGACAAUCUUGACGAGAACAACGGCUCCGGCAGCGCCGGCGGCUGUCGCAGUUGCGAGAGCACACUCUCAAUGAACCGCCAGCUGCAGAAGCAAUUGAAUCAUCAACGGCAUCUGCUCAGUUUCGAGCUGUCGCCGGCGAAGACAAAGAAUCAGGAUAGAUUUAGGACCCUCUUGGGCAUGAAUGGCAUUCAUAAUUAUGAUGAUGACGAUGCCAAUAAUGAUGAUGAUGGGUUCAAUAGCAUAGAUCCACUAGGUACCGGUGGCGGUGCCAGUGGAUGUGGCGGUGGCGGUGGUUACGACUAUAACAGUGGCACUGGCGGUGGCGGUGCCGAGCUGCAUCAUUUGCAAAUUGGCGCCCUGCCGACGCCGGCGAGUGAAACGCCAAGAUUUGCGGUAAAUCAACUCAUCAGUCAGCAGUCAAUCAGCGUCAAUCAUCAGCAUCAAUCGCAAACAAUCACAAUUGGCCAACAUCAUAUCAUCAUCAAUCCAAAACCUGCCUAGCAACUAUUUAUUAUGUUUAUGAGUUACAUUGUUCUAUUCCUGUUUUGGUUCCUGCUCUCCACAUUAACUAACUAAAACCUAUUACAACAUUUCAAAAAGAAAACAAAACAAAUCACAAUUUGGCCUUAACUCAUUUAUAUUGUGGACUCUCGGUCUACUUGACUGUACAAAAUUUGAAUAUUCCAAUCGUUUAAAGUUCAAUCUGAAUCAAUUGCGAACGUGUUUGCUUUAGCUAAAGAUAAUUGAGUAAAGAUUAAUCCAGCUUCAAAAUAGGUACUUCACAAUUGAUCGGACAAGCUGCUUUAU